CUGAACCUACCCAAGAUGAAGCCGCUUCAGAUUGCUGUGGUCGCCGUCCAGGCUGCCUUUGUGCUUGCCUCGCCUGACAUCAUUCGCCGUGCCGACAAUGAUGUCGCGGACAAGAACGCCGUCACCACUACCACUCUGUUUUCGACCUCGUACUUCACCGUCACCAAGUGUGCUCCGGAUGUCACCGAGUGCCCUGCAGAGGCCACCACGGUCUAUACCUCGGUCGUCCCUGUUACUACCACUACGACAAUCUGCCUGGUCACAUCCACUCCGGGCGUGGGCAUGCCUUCUGCUCCCGAACAGACAUCCCCUGGACAGGGUGGUCCUACUACGCCCGUCCCCGGUGUCCCUAGCCAGAUCAUCUCAUCCGGUCCAGCUAUCUCAAGUCAGACAUCUCCAACUGGCUCAUUCUAUCCACCAUCGCAGAGCACUUCGUUCGGCCCAGGUGCCCCAGGUCAGGCCUCCUCUUCUCACGGUACUACGCCUUUGUCGUAUGUUCCAGGAGUCCCCAGCCAAAGCUCCGGCUCUGGGCUAGGUAGUCUGGCUCCCACGGGUCCUCUGACGACUUCCACUACACCUCGUCUAAGCGCUUCUUCGCCAUAUCUCCCGAGCAGUAUUGUCGGUACAUACUAUACCGAGUCUGAGGGUGUCAUUGUUUCGUCACAGCCCUCUCCCUCUGCGAGCAGUGGCUAUGCAUCCAGUCAACCAAGUGCCAUCACUGGCGGCACUUUGACAUCCCCCGGCUCUUCUUUGAACGGAUAUGAUCAUCCAUCUCAGAGUUCAACUUCCAUUCAUCUUUCUAAUAGCACCCCGUUUAGGUCAUCGAAUACAAACACGGAAGGCAUGUUUACAUCUUUGCCUGUUCCACCCAUUUAUGGUGUUCCAUCCGCCGACACUACCUCCAGCGCCCAAUUCACCAAUGCGACUCUGACCUACCCACUUUCUUCUCGGUCGGCCUCGUAUGCUUCGAGCGGAUAUGCCGUCCCUCCCAACGAUACUUUUGCUACCACUCAGACCGGCAACCCGCCAUAUUCGUCGUUUAUCUGGCCUACCUCGGGGCCUACCGGCCUGCCUGAACACACCACUACGACGCACGUCGUGAUUGUCCCUAGCAAUCCUGGAAUGACCGCCAGCACGUUGCCAGUCUACAAUGGCACUGUACCCCCAGUCAGCUCCAAUAUUCUGAGUACCGCGACGAGUGUUCCGGGUGGUCCAUCCGGAUCCGCAUCUGGAUAUCCUUCGCCUUCGGGCGGUAAUAGCAGCUUCACUCCACCGAAGCCGCCUUACUCUGCAGUCCCUCUCAAUCCCAAUCCAAACGAGGGCCAGCCAAUCAUUGGCGCCGGCAAGAGUUCGAUCGUGGCCAUCGUCGUCGCUUUCGCUUUCGCCCAUCUUGCCUAAGUGGCUGCGUGAGAUUGCUUUUCGAGCAUGAUGCUCCCCUUCACGACUCGUGUACUUUGAUAACCAAC